AUGCUCAACGGCACUCGCUCUCUCCAUCGAGGGCGAAAGGGAGCCGGUUCCCUCCCGCCUGCCCGCUACAGGCCUCACCAUACGGCCCAGCACAUCCCACCCGCGGCGCGCCCCCCGCCUCCCUCUCCAAGGGCUGGAGACGACAGAGGGCUCCCCCUCCCCUCCCUCUCCCCCUCCCCGAAACCAGCUGGGCCCCCACCGGCCAGCCGCCCGCCCGCCCGCCCGCCCUCUCCCCAACGCACCCGCGCGUCGUUCCAGGCGCGCCCGUCGCCUCCGGUGCAGCCGCGGCCCCUGCCCAGAGCGGGGGUCUGGCCGCGGGGGAGGGGGCAGGCGAGGGAGGGAGGCCGGCCACUUCCUGGGCGGCGGCUGGGAAGCGACGAGCGGAAGAAGGAGCGGAGAGAGCCGCCGCCCCCUCGGCGCGCCUCCCCGGCACAGCGCCUCCCCUUGUCGCCGGAGCAGCGGCCGGAGCAGCGGAGCCCUCGGCAGGCCGUGGCCCCGCCCAGGCCCGCGGAGUCCCGGCCCCAGCCGCCCGCUCCCAAACCCGAGGAGAGGCUCGCGCUGCCCGUCCCCGGGGCGUCGCGGAGCCCGGAGCAGCCUCCCCAGCGGCCUGUCUUGGCCUCCGCUCCAUCCCCGCCCUGCAAGAAGCAACCCUCCGGGAGCCCCGACGGCCCCCGCCUCGCCAGCCUUCCUCCCCCCCCCGUUAAUUGCAAGGGGGAACCGGGGGGGGGAGCGUCACCUUUUCUUGCCAUCGGGCGGUAUAGAGCUUGCAUCCUCAACGAGCAUGCGCUCGACCAGGGAUAG